AUGACUCAGAAGACGCCGGUCAUCAAUAACGACCUGAACCCCAUCUGGCAGGAGCGGAACCAGUUCUCCUUCAACAUCGCCCACCACGAAGCGGACCGUUACCUCUUCUUAGAGGCUGUCGGAAAGAGAGGUUGGAGUAAUCCUUGCUAUGUUUGA